AGUUAAAUCCACAGUGAACAAAGAGAGCUAGCUAGCCGCUACUAGAAAUUAAGGUUGUGUUUUAUCUCUGUCCGACGAGCGCGUACGGGUCGAGCGCGAAUGGGACGCCUUCUGCACUUUCGGCCAUCAAUUCAUAACCAUCUUUCUUUCUUGUGCAACUGUUCCUCGUCGGUCGUGUUCUAUGAUCUAGUGUUAAUGCAGGAUGGACGCCAUUCGCGCGAGAUAAUUUCCACUCCUGCCGUGUAGAUAGUGUUGCGCGUGAAGUGCCGGGAGUAUGCUAUAGUGUCUGGUGCGUCAGGGUGGUCUCAGUGCGACGAGGAGGUUGGGAGGUCGGGAGCUAGGGAGGUCGGUGAAGGCGCUCGGCGAUCGGCUGGGCAUGGCGGGCGCAAGUUAGCGGGCGGGAGCGGCGUCCGCUCGCGCUCCGCCGCCGGCCCGAUGAGCGGGGCAUGCUCGGCGCGGCGGAGGUUUUAUGGGUAUUUGUGUGAGCUGCCGGCGCCGCGAAAGGAAGGCACCCGAAAAGGGUUGGGUGCCGCGAGGACCCGCGAAGGGCGCGGCGGCGGCCGAACUGCUGCCACGGCGCGCCGACCUGCCAGCCAUGGCAAACUCCAUCUCAAGCAUCAAGAUGAAUAACCCCUUCAAGGUCAUCGUCAGCAAACAGCGGAAACGCUACACAAAGAACGGCUUCAAUUUGGACUUAGCAUAUAUAACAGACCGGCUGAUAGCGAUGGGCUUCCCGGCGGAGAAGCUGGAAGGCGUGUACAGGAAUCACAUCGACGAGGUUUAUCGCUUUCUGGAGCAGAUGCACAAGGGUCACUACAAGAUAUACAACCUAUGCUCCGAGAGGUCCUACGAUAAGAGCAAAUUUCACGACAGGGUGGUGAGGUACGCGUUUGAAGACCACGCGCCGCCGAAGAUCGCCCUCAUCCAGCCGUUCUGCGAGGAUGUGCACAAGUGGCUCAGCCAAGACCCAAGGAACGUGGCAGUCGUGCAUUGCAAGGCGGGCAAGGGACGGACAGGCACGAUGGUGUGCUGUUAUUUGCUGUACAGCGGACAGAAGGCGACCGCGGACGAGGCGCUCAAGUUCUACGGCACGGAACGGACUUAUGAUGAAAAGGCCGCCGUCGGCGCCGUGCGCGUGCCCUCGCCCGACGACAGUCCGAACUUGGAGACGUUUAAGCUGACGCUUAACAAGUGGCAGCUGGACGACGCGCACAAGGACAAGCAACACAAACUUUAUAGCUCCGAUUUUAAGGUGGAACUGAUAAUUGUAGAACCGCUCGAAUAG